AUGUCGGCAAACCUUGGAAUCCUCUACGUGGACCUCGGGCAGUUCAAGGAGGCCGAGGCUAUGUACGAGCGGGCGCUGCAAUGCAAAGAGAAGGCGUGGGGACCGGACCACGCAUCAACACUCGACACAGUCAACGAUCUCGCAAACCUCUAUAAGAGGCAAGGGCAGCUCAAAAAGGCCAAGGCUAUGUACGAGCGGGCGCUGCAAGGCAAAGAAAAGGCUUUAGGACCGGAGCAUAUAUCGACACUCGAUACAAUUAACAAUUUCGCAGUCCUCUACGCAGACCAAGGGCAAUUUAAGAUGGCCGAGGCUAUGUACGAGCAGGCGCUACAAGGCUUCGAGAAGGCAUUAGGACCGGACUACGCGUCGACGCUCGAUAUAGUCAAUAAUCUGGCAAACCUUUAUGCGGACUUAGGGCAUCGUAAGAAGGCCGAGGCUAUGUACGAGCGGGUGCUACAAGGCUUCGAGAAGACAUGGGGACCGGAGCAUACGUCGACUCUCAAUACGGUCAAUAAUCUCGCACUCCUCUACGCGGACCAAAGGCAGCUCAAAAAGGCCGAGACUAUGUAUAAGCGGGCGCUACAAGGCUUCGAGAAGGCAUGGGGGCCGGAUCAUACGUCGACUCUCGAUACGGUCAAUAAUCUCGCAAACCUUUACGCUAGCCAAGGGCAGUUUAAGAUAGCCAAGGCUAUGUACGAGCGGGCGCUACAAGGCAAAGAGAAGGCGUGGGGACUAGAGCACACGUCGACUCUCGAUACAAUUACCAACCUUGCUAACCUCUAUAUAAGCCAAGGGCAGUAUAACAAGGCCGAGCCUAUAUGCGAGCGGGCGCUACAAGGCUUCGAGAAAGCGUGGGGGCCAGAUCAUACGUCGACCCUCGCUAUAAUCAAUAGCCUUGCUAACCUCUACGCAGGCCAAGGGCAGUAUAAUAAAGCUGAGGCUAUGUACGAGCGGGCGCUACAAGGCUUCGAAAAGGCGUGGGGAUCGGAGCAUACGUCGACGCUCCUAACAGUCAAUAAUCUCGCUCUCCUCUAUAAGAGCCAAGGGCAUUUCAAGAACGCCGAGGCCAUGUACGAGCGGGCGCUACGAGGCUACGAGAAAGUACUGGGCAAAGACGGCAUCACGACUUGUAUCCCCUUCUUGAAUGCUGUCCAGAAUAUGGGGCAUCUAUGCGCCAUCCAAGGACAAGAGAUACGAGCAAAGGAGUUGUACACAGUAGCUCUUACGGGUGCUCGCAACGUCUUUGGAGAUAGCAGUGGCCGUGUCAAAGAGCUCGAACAUCGUGUAGAAGGUCUCUCCGACUGA